AUGAGUUGCGUAAGCUUCCAAAAGAACUCUGUGACUUCUUUGGGCCGUUGUCUACAGGAUAAUACUGACUUGCAGCCGGCUUCGACGUUGAUCAUUUACCAAUGUCGACUGCUUGAGGAUUCGCCUAGGUGGACUUUUCAAACAUUGUCGAUGGGGAGGGCGCCUUCACCUCGGUGUGAGUGCCGCAUCAAUGCGACGAAUUUGCUGCACUAUGCGGUGAACAUCGGCGCUCGACCGCUGUGUGGGUCUUGCGGCGUAACAUGUGGGACCAAGGUAGACUCGGUGAGGGUCGCUCGGCGUCUCGGUGAGAACAGGCUUAUCGGAGGAAUCGAGGAUCUGAAUCACUACACUGCAUCAACACCAAUUGACUAUAACACAUAUUCCACAACCAUGGCCGGAACAAGUACGAAGAAGCGGACAAAUGACGGCCGUCUUGCGCCCCCAACCAAGAAGCAAAAGCGACAAGAAAAGAAGCAAGCCGAAUCCGCCUCCGACAACGAAGAACAAGAAUUCGAUGCGGUAAACCUUCUCGAUUCUGACGAUGAUAUUCAUAACGCGGCUGUCGAUGACGGCGCUGCCUCGGACGAUGAUUCGGCCAGCUCAGGCGACGAAAAGCCCGCAGCACCCAAACAGAAGACAAAACCUGCCCCCAAGCCCAAGAAGAGCAGAGACGCGCCCGUAGGCACCGACUCGGAUUCCGACUCAGAAGAAGACGAGAGCGACGAUGGUGGCAAUCCCAAUUUCAUCAAGUCUAAACGCAAUGAUCCGUCUGCCUUCUCAACGUCAAUGUCGAAAAUUCUGUCUACCAAACUGUCCAACGCGAAACGAUCAGACCCCGUCCUCGCCCGCAGUGCGGAGGCCCACCAAUCCGCCCAGGCGGCCGUCGACCAGGCGCUCGAGUCCAAGGCGCGCAAGCAGAUGAGGGCGCAGAAGAAGGAGGCAAUGGAGAAGGGUCGCGUGCGCAAUGUCCUUGUGGCGCCGGAGACGGAGGAGACGUCAACGGGGGAGAUGAUUGAGACGGAGCGGAGGCUGCGCAAGGUCGCGCAAAGAGGUGUUGUCAAGCUCUUUAACGCCGUGAGAGCGGCGCAAGUCAAGGCUGCUGAGGCGGAGAAGAAGGCGCGCAAGGAUGGCGUCGUGGGUGUUGUGCGGAGGGAGGAGAAGAUCAACGAGAUGAGUAAGAAGGGAUUCUUGGACCUGAUUGCGUCCGGAGGAGGAGGCCUGAAGAAGGGCGGUUUGGAGGAGGCUUAA